AUCGGCGAGGUCUUUUUUCGUAGCGAGUAAUAGUGAAGUCGAUUCACGGAAUAAGAAGGGUCAGGCGAAGCCUACUUUCUUCCACUGAAUUGUCGCGCGCUCGGGGCGGGAAGGGGAACUCCAGUUCGGCUUUAUGGUGGAAACCUCGCGAAAGGGAGAGAGAGAGAGAGAAAAGAGAAAGAGAAGGCCUUCUUCUCUCGCGAGGCCGCCGGUCAGCCAGUAUGUGCUAGUCCCGCGUAGUAGUAAAUGUGAGGCGGUAAAACGUAGCGGCUGGCGAUCCUCUCACGAUCGGUUCGGAUAGGAUCGGAUCGCGCACCGCGCACUUUUGAGUCACGCGCGAGAGCGUGGUGAGUCGCAAGGCGGGUUCGCUCGUCGAUUGAUCGAUAACGCAACUCUGAUCUAAUUCAUUGAUCGUGGUGAUCCCCGUGGUGGAUACUCGCCGUGAGAGCGUGUCCGACCAGCCGGAGAUUCGCACAAAAUUCUCGUCAAUGACCUCAUAGUCUGCCACGAUGUCGACACUACUACUGAAUUGUGUUUUGGCGUGGCUGUUCGUCACGAUAGGAGCAAUUACCGUAUCCAUAGAUCGCUCUGACAUUAAAACUGCACCAACACGAUCGUCGAUGAUCGCGAAUGGAUGGCGACCUCUGACCAAUUCUUACGAGGAAGCGAUCGGCACCAACGUUUCGCCGUCGAGCCACCUGGAGAAGAAUGUCCAGGUGCAUCCCGUCCUGAGCAAGUUUCAGGAGCACAUGGCGACCUCGGAAAAGCUAAAACCGUUGCGAAAAGGCAAGCCGCCGGUUCACGAAUACAAUCCACCGAGUAUACUCGGUAGUUUCACGGUGUUCGGGCACGCGGCGGCGAAGGCGCGCGGCGAAACCAAGACGCCGAGCAAGCAGCACGUGGGAGCAGCCACGGAGACCCGGGAGUACACGUUUCUGAUACCGCCGCCCAAAGACGCGUACCGUUUCGAGGUGAACCAACACCGCAAGCCGAUCGUACGCGACGCAGCUGGCUAUUUGCCGAGACAACCGCAAGCCUACAGCGCGGCGCAGAAUGUCCAUCAGCAACCGUUGGACAGCUUACGCGCGGCGACCUAUUUCAUCAAGGGCUUCCCGAGCAACCGCCCUUACGUCCCGCCGUACGCCAUGCCGCAGGCGCUACAGCCACCCCGUCAGUCGGAGAAACCCGGCGCCCCGGUGUUCGAGUCUCUGAAAGUCGCCAACAGCGCGAAACCGUACUUCCAGCCGCCCGCGGCGGACGUCCCGAGUGACUUCGGCAAGCAGAAGGUCAGCGGCAACGACGGCGAUGUCUAUGACAGGUAUCAAGCACAGUCACACAACACGCAGGUACUAAACUCGGCGAGCACCGGCAACUUCUACAGCCACGUCAACCAUCCCGCGAAUCACUAUAAAUCCACUUACGAGCGUGAUCCUGCUUUUCUGGUGCACGAGAGCCACGAGGUCAGCUAUGUGACCCCACCUGGCUCGUAUAACGCAUACAGCUUCCGGCCCUCGUUGCCGUACGAGACUCUGUUGCCGCCGGGGAUUUACUCACCCUCGUCAACGCCACCGUCCACCACCGCCGUCACGCGAAAUCCCAGUAAAUUCGGACAGACCAACGACGCGGCUCGAGACCAAUAUGGUAAUAAACGUCCGGAUUCGAGCACGCGCAAUAAGCAGGAAAAAGGCGGGCAGACCGAGCUAUCUAACCCCCGAACUACUAGCACUUAUUACGUGUCGGAGCACCAGGAGCUCACGCCGCCUACGUGGCCGAAGAGCAAAUACCCGUCCGACAUCAACGAAGUUCUGCCGAAGGAGAAUCCGCCGAGCAAGUUCAGUCAAGAGAUCGUAAACCAGAAUCAGAUUACACAGGGUCCAAAGAUCGUGUACCAUAGACCGCAAAACUCCUUCGAACCUGUUGACGUCUACCCGCCAACGCCGAUACCGGAUUACGAGACGCCGGAGAGCAUCUCGCUGAAACACUUCAACGAGCAACAGUUUCUGCUGCAGCAACAGUUGCUGCUGCGCGAUCGGCAGAGAUUGGCGGAGCAGCACCAGGAGGAGCUGAAGAAGCAUCAAGAAGAGCUUAAUCCCCAUUUGAUCGCGCAACGGCAGAAGGAGGAAGAGGAGGCGGCUAGACUCGCCGCGGAAUCUGCGAAGAAUCAGUCGCAGGAGAUCGUGAAGAUCUCGAGCGAAAUGCCGUAUCCGAUUCAAUUGGCGCAGUUCGAGUCGCAGGUCACCACGGACGGAAAUAUUCUGGUAUCGCCGCCUGGUAUUUACAGCGUCGAACAGCUGAGACUUCAGCCCCAGGUACCCCAGAUUCCGGAGAACCAGGUGAACCAGAAUUAUCACUAUCAGCAGUAUUACCAGAACGGCUAUCAGGAGCAACAGGUCAAUUAUCGCGAGCCUCAAACCGAGACGCGUCCGUACCGUCCGCAGAAACCGUCUCGCGAUCCGCAACGCCGCAAGAAGCCGCAGAAUAUCGCGCACGAGGUCUCAGCAACGGAGCCGCCGAGCCAGCCGCCGGAAACUACCGUUCCCUUGACCCUGUACGCGGAGGAAAUCCCGAUUCAGACGACGACGGCGCCGGAAGUGCAGACGCCGGCAACGGCGCAGAGAGGCAGAACUCGCCGGCCGGUCGCGCUCGCGCCGGCACGGCGAAGGAAGCCCACCGCGACGACCACGCAGGAGCCCGUCGUCGACACGACGUCCUACGCGGAGGAGGACUUCCUCAAGUACAAUAGGGAGGACGUGCAGCACAAUCAGCACGAGACGUCGCGAAGGAGACGUAUAAAGCCCACCCAGGUGAGCUACAACGAGGACGCGCGAGAGGAGAAGAGAGGUAACGCCAGGAAACGACCGAGUCAUCGGACGAAAGUGAGCCAGGACGACGAGCCGUACGACGCGCAGCAGCUCGUCACGGAGAACGCACACGCCUCUCUAAACUCGUACGGACAGACCACGGAGUCCGCGCCGAGCUACGACGAGCACAACCAGUUCGCGACGAAUCAGCCGAGCGUCUCGUACGGAACGGUCCAGCCUGUCAAUCAGUAUUACGACUUCUCGCAGCAGAACGAGGGUUACCGCGAGGAACAUCGCGGGGACGGCGACGCCGUGUCCGAACAGGUGCCGGAAUACGGACUCACGGAGCUGAACCGCGCCAACGUCGACACUCGUCAGCAAAACGUGAACAUCGUCACCAGCAUACCGCUGGAGGAGCUCUACGUGAAGACCGACGGUAAUUACUACGAUCGCGCGACCACAGACGCGUCGACGACCGCGACGACCGCGACGACCGCGACAACGUCGUCGUCGUCGUCGACGACGACGGCGACGACGGCGACGAGUGUCGCGCAGGCCGUAACGCAGGCUCCCCAGGUCGCCACCUCCACGUCGAGGUCGCACAAGAUCCGCCCGUUGAGAUACGGCAACGCCAGACCGCGCUUCAGCAUCAAGGACUACAAGAGCCGCAUGGAUUACAAGAACAGAUUAUCCUCCACCACGGAAAUCGCACCGACGCCGUCCAGCGAGGCGCUGACGCGCGGCCCUCACACCAGGCAGAGGACGUCGAGCGCGAAGAAUCAACAGGCUCAGCUGACGAGUGACGGCGUCCGAGAGACCACCGGCAGGUACAAGUACGUCUCCAGGAUCAACUAUCGAACCACUACGUCGUCCCCAACGACCGCGAGGGAUCACGAACGAUACUCGGAGGACGGCAGCGGGUCCACCACGACCGAAAGGAAUAAGUACGUGCCGAAGAGACGGCCGAUCAGCGGUAACGUUUAUCGCAGUAGAAUCGCCUCUACCACGACCAAUCCCACGCGAUCUCAGAUCAACAGCGACGCAACGAGCUCCAGGCAGUCGGCGCGACCUGAGAACGUGUACUCGUCGUCGAUACGCAGGCGGCCGAUCAUGAAGAGCAGGCUGCAGAAGGAGAGCAACUCGGCCACGGCGUAUCCGGACGGCAAGCGGCAGGAGGAGCAGCCUACGGAGAUGGCUGCCGAGGAAACCAGUUUCUACUCGACCGCCUCGUCGGCCAGCCGGCUCGUGGGCAACGAAAUCGUCAGCGAGAAGGGGGAGGCCGCGUCGCUCGACGGCCAUCCGGUGAAACUCGGCGUGCAGGAGAGCAAGAGCCAAGGGGAGAGCGUCGGCUCGCUGAACGAGGAGACGGAAACGGCGCCAACCGGCGCGGCGUCGGCCGAGGACGACGAGACCGGGCAGACGAGCCGGGUCGAGAAGCUGGAGAUCCCUGCGACCACCACCGGCGCCGGAAGCGAGGACGACGCGGCGCGGGCGGACGAGCAAACGGAAGAAACGGAAAGCACGACCAAGUUCGAGGUGCGCUCCGAGGAGGAGGAGGAACUGUUCGCCAAGGCGUCGCAGAGCGUGGCGGACCUGACGAGCUCCGCCUCCGCUCUGUACGACAAGCCGGGCAUGUUCAAGGCGGUCUCGCCGGAGAGCAGGCUCGUCUCGUCGCAGUUCAAGAUCACCACGGACGAGGCGACGUUGCCCAUCGAGGCCUUCUUCCAGGAGCUGUCCAAGAAGAACUGACGACUCAGGGUAAAUCGUUCCGCCGCCGCGAGCAGACUGUCGUCGAAAUCGUCGUAGCACGCGCGCUCGACAACGAAGCGAAACACGUCCAGAAUUUGUUUUCGUUAGUACACGAUUUUGUAGAAUUUCACAUUUCGAAAAAGAAUUAGAAACGUCAAAUAUAAAGAUCCACAGAUUUCUCGAGACAUUCUAUUACUGGUCUUUACGCUGAACGUAGAAAGUUUCGAGAGACUGGAACUUACGUGCACCGUAGUCUCGCGUUCCGCUUCUAAAUUAUUGUCAUCGCCUCGUCAUUUCCGUAAUGGAAAAUUAAAACGCUCGGGGCGUAUCGAGCGCUUCCAACACACACACACGUAUACACACGUACACAAUCAUCAUUCCAGACUUUCCUAUAGAUAUUAGAAAAAGCUAUAACGAUUAAGCGACAUGACAAAAAGGAUCUGAAGAAGAAGCGCUGCUGCUCGAUAAAACUCUCACGGUGCAGCCGCGCUUUUUCUCGUGCUGGAAAGGAAGCUCGUUUGGGACAUUGCGUGUGCAAUAUCUGUAAAGAAUUAUUCAACCUACUCGUGUCCUAUAGUAAUAUAUCGUUCGUAUAUGUUCUUUUUGUAUCUUUACGUUAGGUUACUCGUAAAAAGAAUAAAUACCAAAAGUAAAUUUCGCGAAUUAGGCAAGGUAUAACGAUCACAUCGUCAUUGGAAACGCCUUAUUAGUGUAAGCAUGCGAAUCAUCCCAUUGUGUAUUUAUUUAAGAGAUCAUUCUCUAAAUCAUUACUCUCUUCGCGACAUCAGAAUAAAGAAACUAACAAAUGCUACGAGAUAUUGUGUAAAUAUGAGCAUGUAGCAUAGAACUUUCAGUACUAUCUCCUGCGCAGAGCAUCGAUCUUGAAUUUUACAGAAAAAAAAGAAGAAAUGUUUUAAGGUCAUUGAAAAAUUUAGCAAAAUUAUUGCUGUAGGUAUAAUUCAGUUGUUCGAAUUUUGUAAAAGCCUUGUAUCUUUUAGGGAUUAAAAAUAGUCAUUUCAAAAGGAUCGUGCUUUCUGAUCAGACUUUUAAUUAUUACAAGUGAAGCAGAACUUUUUUCUUCUUUUCUUAUCAAAAUUCACAUUAUCUAAUCCUAUAUUUAUAAGCAAUUUGUACCGAUAUAUAUUAACUCGAUACUUUUAUAUUUGAUAAAAAUUUAAGAAAUACGCUUUUAUACGAUUAUAUGUAUUUUUCGAAAUAAUCUCAUUCUACCAAUCAAUUGAUAAAAAUCCGUUAAUAAAGAUAUAAUUCAUGUGCAAAGAAUCGAAUCUUAAAUACACGUGUAUAUCUCCGAAAGCAUAUAUAUUACAUAACGUAACGCGUGCGCAUGUAAUGAUAUGUUCAUUGUUCUUACGUUAUUUAUAUGUAUUCAUAUAUAUAUAUUAUAUAUAACCGUUUUAUACUGUAAAUAAAUACAUCAGAUUAGAUAAAAUGCCAUGACACAGCGAGGCCUGAUGAGACAAAGGUACCCCUAGCACUUACCUCAACCGACGAUUGGAAAUUAAAGGACACUUGAAAGCUACAAAGGAUCAAGCGCAUUAAUAAGACAACGUCGUUUGAAACAUCGUAAUCACCAUUUGAUUUAAUAAUUCGUUUAAUAUCAUUCAACACUAUAUUUGAGUUUACGGCGAAUGGUUACAUGCGUAUAAUCGUCAACAAGUAAAAUACCAUUUCGGAAUAUCUCCUUUACAACGCAAGAGUAAAGUCCCCCUAAAGCACAGCGAAUCUCUCUCUUUUU